AUUCAACAACAACUCGUCACACGCAAAGAAAUACUUUGACUUGAUGAGAAUAAAGAGAAAGGAUGGAGUUUCUUAUAUAGGAGAAGGGAAGGGAGGUAGGUUUUCUAUACAUCCAAUGUGGGACAAAGUAAAAAGAGAGAAUUAGACUUUAAUUUUUAAUAAAGGCCAAACUGGCCCACCAGAAAAAUCUGGGUCGUUACAAAAUAUUGUAUAUUUAAAAGAGAAAUUACAUGCCCAAAAUCUAUAUUAUUUUAAUUUAAAAAGAUGCAUAAUAAAUAAAUUUGAAGGUGUGAAUCUAGAAAAAGGAAAUUUUCCUUUAUUAAUAGUAGACUUGUAAAACCAAUCAUCGAAAUCCUCUUAGGAAAAGGAAACUUAACUUUAGUCCAUUCUCAUCCGUCACCAUCUCCUAUAAAAACAACAACAACUUACAUCAAACCUCAAGUAUCAACCCAUCAAAACAAUCAUCCCACAAGAACAAAGAAACACUUAACAUCUGAGAAAUAAUGGACACUUGCUUGGACUGCAAGAGAGCCACUGAAACAGUGAUCGACAUAAGAACCGGCGACACAAUCUGCACAGAGUGUAGCCUCGUCAUCUCCGAUCACUACAUCGACGACAGCCAAGAAUGGAGAACGUUCGCCAACGACGAUAACAGCAGCGACCGAGACCCUAACCGCGUCGGUGCUCCUACCAACCCUCUUCUCAAAUCCGGAGGUAUCGGCACCAUCAUCGACAAAACUACCUCCAACUCCAAGAAUGACUUGUGCCGCGUCGAGAAUCUCGUCAGGAACUCUGAAGAGGAUAUGAUCGUGAAAGCGUGCAAAGAAAUCAAGAGAAUGACGGAUGAUCUAGGUCUUGUUAGCAGUGUCGAGUUUAGGGCUUGCGAGAUUGUGUCCAAGUUAGAUGGUGACUAUAGGAAGAGACUAAGCAGACAGAAACACUUUGUCGCUGUCUGCGCGGCUUCUGUUUCGACGGCUUGUCGUGAGAUGAAUCUCUCGAGGACGUUGAAAGAGAUCUCUAUGGUGGCUCACGGUGUGAGUUUGAAAGAAAUAAAUAGAGCUAGUAUGGCUAUAAGGCGUCUACUCGAGUCAGAUCAAGGGGAGACGACAGAUUCUUCUUCUUGUGCUGCUCCUCAGGUGAUUAUCAAAACAAGAGAACUUGUACGCCGGUUCUGUUCUAAACUAAACAUAAAGGAAAGAGAGACAAAGGCCAUUGGAGAAGCUGUUGAAGUAGCUGAGAAUUACGAUAUCCGGAGAAACCCUAAGUCGGUUCUUGCUGCUAUUAUCUUCAUGAUAUGUCAGCUGUCUCAGAAAAAUAGGAGACCUACUCGAGAAAUUGCGAUCGCUGCGGAAGUUGUGGAGAAUACUAUCAAGAGCUCUGCUAAGGAUAUGUACCCGUACGCAUCAAAGAUUAUACCCGAAUGGUAUGCUUCUGAAGAAAAGGUCCAGAGGUUAGGAGGUAUCAUAGGAUCUUGGGAUGCUGCAAAACUUUAACACAUAGGGAAAGCCUCUAGUCGCGUAAGAAGUUUUAGAAUUUAUCUCGUAGAAGUAGAUCGCUUAGAUAUAUGCUCUGAUUAAAGAUUUAUGCUAUCUUUUUCCAUUAUUUAUAUAACAAAAAUGUAUCUAGCUGCAAGUAGAGAAUUAAUAGGAUCUAUGUUUACAUAUAUGGUUGAAUAAACAACCUUUUUGAGAAGCUUAGAAGAGGUUAAAUCACAUUCACAUGUCUCGAUAUUUUUUUUUUUGUAUUGGUAUUUUUAUUAAAGCAAUCUACUAUUUCAUAUCUAGUCUAGCUUGUAAUAUAAUAAAAUCUUUGUUGUUAGCUUUAAAACACCACUAGAUUUUGAUCCGCGCUUUGCAAGCGCAUAAUAUUUUAUCAUGAAUUUUUUUACUAAUAUAUUUUGUUAAUUUGUAAGAAUUUUUUGUAUUUAAAAUAAUUUUCAUUUAAAUCAGUGUUUUUAAAUUUGACCCGAACCCGCGGUCAAACCGAGUAAUCCGGUGAUUCGAUAUAUUAUAAUCAGUUUAAAUUUGUGUUAAGCAUUUUUAUGUAGAUACAAUAUUUUUGGAACAUUUUUCAUAAUUAUUUUUGCUAUUAUAUUUAUUGUACAAUUUAUAACUUUA